AAACAAUCUUAUUUGUACGAGUAGAUUAAGCUUGUAUUCAUAGAAAAACGUGAAAUUGUGGCUUGUUUACAUAUGGCACUUGGGCCCUUUUCACAUGUUCAGCGAGAAUUGUCAAAAUCAAAACAAAAACUGACAACUGUCCUACUUUCUACAUGUUAUCUUCAUCGCAGAAAGAAAAAUACCAAUAAAUAGUAAGUUUAGGUAACAUUAACUUUACCACAAGUAUGGCCCUGCUAAAAAACUGUUACGCUCUAAGAAGCGUUUUACGUGCAAUCCCCAAUCGCCCGGUAGGGCACAGCGCAAUACUCCUCAAAUCAGAAGACCGCAAAAGCAUGCUUUCUUCGUUGCCCACUAAAGACGAAGGUACUGUUGGAGAACGUUUAAUGGGCAUGGACGCCCUAAUAUCCAAACGAGAUCGCUUCUUCCCAGAUGCCAAUACACCAACCGCCCUCUUCAACGGUAUACCAUUUAAUGAGAUUCCUAUUUGCAACAUUCGUGUUUCGCCAAACAACACUAUAAUUACCAUUUGUGACGCCAAAGGAACUCCCCAGUUGAUCCGGUCAUGCGGAAUCGAAGGUUUCAAGAACACCCGUAAGGGUACGAACAUCGCCGCGCAAGCCACCGCAAUCAGCAUUUGCACAAAAGCCAUCGAAAGAGGAUACAAAAAUGUGCGAGUGACAAUUCGUGGACUGGGACCAGGACGAAUGUCGGCAAUCAAAGGAUUGGAAAUGGCUGGUAUAAAUAUCGUCUCAAUCACCGAUACAACUCGUGUAUCUUGGAACCCACCACGGCCACGCAAACAAAGAAAGCUUUAGGUUACGCAAAAUCUACUAGAUGAGGUUAAUAGGUUUUAAAUUUGAGGGAAAAAAGGAGACGGUCGUAGUUUA